AUGAGUCUGAAAAACCACGCCUUGUUUAUGGGAACAAGUCUUCAUGGCUCUUUGGAAAGUGGCACCAGCAAGAGGAACCCUUUUCGUUUGGACAGAAGGAAGUUGCCGCAGAAGGGUCUUUGCAGUAGCAGGUGCUGCGUGUCCCCAAAAAGGUGUCGGUUGGUAAGGCAAGCGUUACGGUUUCCAGCUUUUUCCGGGCAAAACGUGGGGUUAUUGGGAAAGGAUCUGAUUUUGAGAAGUGGGUCGAGGUUAGAAUGUGCCAGGGAACCUUAUUUUAGGAGUGAGGCUUUGGUUAGUUAUUUGACACCUUUUUGGAAAGAGGGUCUCCUUUUGAUAAGGGCUUCUGUUUGCACUGCUGUUAUAUCUGGGGUGUGUAUGCUGGUAUGGUAUGGCCAGAAUAAAGCAAAGAGUUUCAUUGAGGCCAAUUUGUUGCCUUCUGUUUGUUCAGCAAUCAGUGAGCACAUUCAGCGUGACCUUGUGUUUGGCAAGGUUCGGCGGAUUUCGCCGUUGAGCAUUACCUUGGAGUCUUGCUCAUUUGGGCCUCACAAGGAGGAGUUUUCUUGUGGUGAGGCUCCCACGGUGAAGCUUCGCAUCCAUCCAUUUGUGAGUUUGAGGAGGGGAAUGUUGGUGAUUGAUGCGGUUUUGUCGCAUCCAAGUCUAUUGGUAGUGCAGAGGAGGGACUUUACUUGGUUGGGAAUACCCUUCACUGAAGGUGGCAGGGAGAGAAGUUUCUCCGCUGAAGAAGGGAUCGAUUAUCGUACAAGAACAAGGAGGCUUGCACGAGAGGAAGCCUUUUCUCGGUGGGAAAGAGAAAGGGAUGAUGCAGCUAGGGAAGCUGCUGAGGUGGGGUACUUUGUUUCUGAGCGGAGUUGUGGUCUGUCUCAAGGUGAUGAUGAUUUAAAGGAGAUGGAAACUCGUUCAAUGGAGUUAACUGCAUCUGCUCCCUUUUUCUGCAUGAAUGAUGGGAAGCACGAUCAUAGGUUGAUGGACAAAGGUGUUAAUUAUGAUACAAAACACGCAGUUUUGGAAAAAUCAUUUGGUGUGAGGUUUCCUGCAUCAGGAUUUCGAUUUUGGUCCAGAGUAAUAUCCGGGCCUAGGAAGCACAAGUUUAAGAGGAAGGCUAAUGGGAGUAACAUCUUUGCAUCUGGUGCUGCUAUCAAAAAGAGAAUGUUUGAGCGUAGUGCAUCAGCUGCUCAUGCAUACUUUUGUGAUCAAUCACAAUGGAAGUUCGGGGAGUCUUUGUCACCUUCUGAAUGUUAUCAUUUUAUGAGUCAUGAUAUGCAUUUAGUGAAAAGUGAGGUUGACAGAAAUACAAGAUCUGUUGUUGGUGAUGAAAAUAGAAAUGAUGAUAACCAAAGUGGAACACAAUUCAAAGAUCUGGGAUUGCCCCCGUCAGUGAGUGAAAAUGUUGAUAGUCAAUCGGAGUACUUAAAAUUUGUUUGUGAUCCAACUUUACAGACAAGAGAGGGUGAAUUUGAAAAUUUGCAAUCUAGCGAUGAUGUUACAGAACCUACUAAUUCAAAUAGUAUAACAGAGAAAAUUGAGGAGUUUGUACCAUAUGUUGCUGACAAUCAUAUUAAUGAUAAUGGUAAUUCAUUAGGGGGCCAACUUGGUUUGACAUCUGAAAAUUUGGGUUUUGUGAAGUCCAAGUCUCAUUUGGAACCCUAUUUUCAAAAUCAAUUUGAGCUCUUGCUUGUGAAAUUUGGCAUAACAUCAAUUUUAAGAAAUAUUGAAGAGUUAACAUCUCGGUUUCUUUCUGGUCCCAUUGAAAAAUUGAAGUCUGAUGUGGGUCUGAGAGUUGAAGAUAUUGUUUCGGAACAUGUUGAUGGGAAAGAUUCUGUGCAGUCUGAAGGCGUUACUAAGAUUCUGCCUAUUACAUUGGAUUCAGUCCAUUUCAAAGGUGCAACCCUGAUGCUGCUUGCAUAUGGUGACAAGGAAGUUAGGUGA